AAAUAUUAUUAUACAUAUGGAAAAAUUGCAAAAUUUUUUAAAUCACUAUAAACUAGUUAUUAUAAAUGAAAAACCCAUAGAUUUAUAUGAAAAUAUUAAAGAAGUUUACUUUACUUUUGAAUAUAAUGAUAAUGAUGAUGAACCUUUAAAUUUUUUAAAAAAUCUUUUACAUAAGAUAAGUAAAAUUAACCGUAAUGAAAUUGACUUAAUGGAUAUUAAUACAUUAAUAGAAAACAUUAAUAAAGUGCAAUUUCAAAAUCAAAAUAAUAGUAUAAUUAUAAUUAUUAAUACAGAUUCCAUAUCGGAUAAUAUAAAAAAUAUUUUAAAAUUAAACCUAAAUUUUAUUAUAUUUACAAAAAAUAUAGAAGAACUCAACUUCAAAAAAUUAAAUAUAUCACAUAUAUUUUUAAAAAUAAAGUACUCAUCAACUACUGCUCAAAAAUUAAUUAAUUAAAUAUCUCAUUAAAAAAAAAAAAAAUUAAAAUUUUCAAAAAAAAAAAAAAAAUUUAAAUAAAAAAAUUAUA